AUAAGGCCUGGCACUGGGAGCUUACCACAUUCAAACUGAGGAGGAUGAUGGAGCUGAUGAGAUCAGUUGUUCUGCUCUGCUCCUUUGUAGCUAUGAGCAAUGGUCAAGAUUACACUUCUACAACCAGCCCUCCAGAAGAUACCACUCCAGGUUCCUGCCUGUGGAACUGUGGCUAUGACUUUGGUAGCUGCUCCUGCUCAAGUUCAUGUGAAUACCGUGGAAACUGCUGUCAUGAUUACUAUGAUUAUUGCCAGAGCACUGUUGAACCCACUACUCAAGAUUACUGGGACCCUAGCACCAGCUAUCCAGCAUACCUAAGUGGUAUACGACUUGUUGGGGGCAACGGUUCCUGCUCUGGGAGAGUGGAGGUCCGAGUCGAUAGCACCUGGGGCACUGUGUGUGACGACAGCUGGGACAUCACUGAUGCUGAAGUGGUCUGCAGACAGGUGGGCUGCGGCUCAGCCUUGAGUGCUCCAUCAAACGCUUAUUUUGGACAAGGCAGCGGACAUAUCUGGCUUGAUGACGUCAGAUGCAGUGGUCAUGAAACUUCUCUGGGGGAUUGUCGACAUAAUGGCAUUGGCAACCACAACUGUGGACACAGUGAGGAUGCUGGAGUAGUGUGUAGAGAUUACGGGACCACUGAUGAACCCACCACUCCAGGUUCCUCCUGCCUGUACAAUUGUGGUUACAACCUUGGUGGCUGUUCCUGCUCAAGUUCAUGUCAAUACUAUGGAAACUGCUGUCAUGAUUACUAUGAUUACUGCUACAGCACGACCUGGUACCCGCAAACAACACCGGACCAUCCACAAUGCGGAGGACACCUGAGCGGUUCUGGAACUUUCUCCAGCCCAUAUUAUCCAAGCUAUUACCAUGAUAAUGCCUACUGUGUGUGGAGUCUGUCAGCUCCUUAUGGACAAAGAAUCCUCCUCAGUUUAUCAGAUCUGGAGAUGGAGAACUGCUGUGACUGUGACUACAUCACUGUGCAUGACGGCCCCUCAGUGGGCUACAACCAGCUGGGUCGGCUCUGCCACAACUCCUCUCUGGACGUCUUCCACUCCUCCUCCAACCACAUGACUGUACGUUUCCGUAGUGAUAGCAGUGUAGUGGGUCGUGGUUUCCAGGCUGAAUUUGUCAGCUCCCUACCAACUAAUAAAGGCAGGGUGCAGUGUGCCUCAGACAACAUGAAUAUUGUUAUUUCAAGGUCUUACCUGAUUGAUCAGGGAUUCCAUGGUGGUCAUGAUCUCUAUGUCAAUGAUCAACACUGUCGGCCGACCACAAACAGUUACCAGGUGGUGUUUGAGUUUCCUCUUAACCGCUGUGGAACAGUGAGAAAGUUUGACAAGGGUCGUGUAAUUUAUGAAAAUGCUGUGCGGGUAUAUUCAACCAGCUCUGGGGAGAUCACACGUCAAUCAAGUUUAUUCAAGUUGUCUGUUGUCUGUCACAUGGAAAAGGACUCUGUAUCACAUAUCAUUUAUGAGGCCGAUAAAGAAGGUAACUCUACCAUCAGCGGAAUUGGUCGAUUCAAUACCACCAUGGCUUUCUACACCUCUGGGAGCUUCUACCAGCAAAUCUAUGAAGAUCCCUAUGAGGUAGAUCUCAAUGAGAACAUGUACGUUCAGGUGAACCUAAGGAGACCGGACAGCAGCCUCGUCCUCUUCCUGGACACAUGUGUGGCCUCACCAAACCCACAUGACUACGCUGACUACCGUGCCUACUAUCUACUGCUCAACGGGUGUCAAAGAGACCCAACAUUCCACACCUUUUUGAGCGGCUCUCGGAGUUACGCACAGUUUAUGUUCCGGGCUUUCAAGUUCCUGCGGGCAGAUGACGCUGUGUACCUGCAGUGUAAGGUCCGCAUCUGUCCUAAAGAUGACCGCAACUGUGGUGUUAUGUCCCAAUGUGGCGCCCGCAAGACUCGAAGCCUGGACUCCCAGCACCAGACAGCCACCAUGGUCCUGGGGCCUAUCAGGCUGAAAGAUGUGAAGAAUCCUGCAGUGAAGCAGCUGGAGGCUGAGGUGGAUGUCUGAAGAAGCCACUGAUGUCCCUCACCAGUUCAAAUGAAUCAAUAAAUCCAUAUUAUUAUUUCCUGUAUACAAAUCAAGUCUAUCAUAGUGGCACUCUGAUGCCUUACGGCAAAUGAUUCCCUUUCUUCCCAUAACUUUGUCUGUCAACAAAAUUAUUAAAGCAUUCCAAAAAGGCAACAA